GUUUGUAAGGAGGUGCAGGUUCCUGGUAAAGCAGAUCAGCGGAGUGCACCUAAAAUUUGUACGCGCAAGGUCGUGUCCCCAGCGGUGGGAUUACGGUAUAAAAUUUUGGGCAGAGAUGAUGUCACUCGCCUGUCGCUGCGGGGUUCUUUCCCCGUACUUGCAGGCAACCAAACACACGGUUAAGAAUCGGGUGUUCUCAGGAGCCAAGGAGCUGGGCCCUGCUGCUGCUCCUGCAGGAAUCCGCCUUGCUCACACAGACAUCAAGAUUCCUGAUUUUACAGACUACCGUCGCCCUGAGGUGGUGGACCCCAGCAAGUCUUCUGAGAAAAGCAGUGCCUCAAGAAAAGCUUUCUCCUACCUUGUCACUGGGGCGACCACUGUCGUGAGCGUCUACGCAGCCAAGACAAUUGUCACUCAGUUUGUCUCGUCCAUGAGUGCAUCAGCUGAUGUAUUGGCUUUAUCCAAGAUUGAGAUUAAGCUGGGUGACAUCCCCGAAGGCAAAAACAUGACCUUCAAAUGGAGAGGCAAGCCCCUGUUUGUUCGUCAUCGCACUGAGAAGGAAAUUUCUACAGAGACGGCUGUGAAUAUCUCGGAGCUGCGUGACCCUCAGCAUGACAAGGAUAGAGUGAUCAACCCCAAGUGGGUUAUCGUUCUUGGUGUGUGUACCCAUCUGGGCUGUGUGCCCAUCGCUAACGCAGGGGAUUUUGGAGGCUACUACUGUCCGUGCCAUGGCUCUCACUAUGAUGCUUCAGGGAGAAUAAGAAAGGGACCUGCUCCUUUGAACCUUGAGGUUCCCUACUAUGAGUUCCCUGAUGAUGACACCGUGAUCGUUGGAUAAAGAUUUGUAAAUGUGGUAGGAGAUGGGAGUAACAUAAAUAUGUAUUUUAACAAAUAAAGAGAUUUCAAGCUGUA